AUGAGAGCAGUGCUCCGCACGCCGUUGCGGGCGUCCGGCCUGGAUCCCGCGACGGCCAUUAAACACUCGAAUUCACCUUUUUCGAAAUCUGCAGCAAUUGCUUCUUCGGUGCCAUGCAGGUUCGCUUCUAGCUCGGUAAAGGCUUCGACAUUGAUCAGUCGACGGUGUGCCCAGCGGCAAACCUUGUCCUCCGUGUCAAGAAACAACUAUUCUACGAAAACCUCUCCGCUAUUCUCUGCAGGGGAGGCUAGCGGCAAUGGAGGGAAGCAAUCGGGGUCGAAUGGGUCACGGAGAAAGGUAAUCAAGUACGCAGUUGUUGGUGGUGUGGUAGGUGUUGGAGCGGUGGUGUUCUCGGACGAUAUUCAGCAUCUAUACCGCGCUACAGAGAGAACUGGACGGGUCGUUGGCACGCUGGCUGUGUGUAUCAAUGACUACCGCAAGACCCUCAAAAUCGAAGCCGCCACACCGGAAGAACAAACCCAGAACAUCAAGGCAUGCCACAAGCGUUGCGCGGAGCGGACUCUGCGCGUUCUUGAGAAGAAUGGAUCUAUCUUUAUUAAAUUGGGACAACAUCUGAGCAGCAUGGGUUACCUACUCCCGUUGGAAUGGACGACUACCUUCAUCCCACUCCAAGACAAAUGUCCCGUCUCUUCGAUCGAAUCAAUUGGAGAGAUGUUCGUUGCCGACACUGGUCACCGGAUCGAUGAGCUUUUCUCGGACUUUGAAUCAGAACCAAUUGGAGCCGCCUCUCUUGCCCAGGUCCAUAUCGGAACGCUGAAGGAAACUGGUCAGAAGGUUGCGGUGAAGGUGCAACAUCCGGCUUUGGCGGAAUGGGUGCCUUUGGACUUGGCCUUGACGCGAUUCACUUUUGCCAUGCUGAAACGGUUCUUCCCGGAAUACGAUCUCGAAUGGCUGUCAAGAGAAAUGGAUUAUUCUCUCCCCGUGGAACUGGAUUUCAGGAUGGAGGCAGAGAAUGCCACCCGGGCAGCUGAAUACUUUAAGAAGCACUCUGAUGUGCCGCUUGUUAUCCCAGGAGUAAAUUGGGCGCAAAAGCGCAUCCUCGUGAUGGAGUUCAUUUCUGGCCGUCGACCCGAUGACUUGGAAUUCUUAGACUCCAACAACAUCGACCGCGACGAGGUUUCUGCAACAUUGGCACACAUCUUCAACGAAAUGAUCUUUGGCGACAAUGCACCCCUGCACUGCGACCCCCACGGCGGCAACAUUGCGAUCCGCAAGAACCCCAACGGACGUCGCCACAACUUCGAAAUCAUCCUCUACGAUCAUGGCCUGUACCGCACCAUCCCCCGAGACCUCCGCCGCAACUACGCCAAACUCUGGCUGGCCGUGAUCGAUGCCGACGUGGAUCGCAUGCGCGAGUAUGCGCGCAAAGUAGCAGGCAUCACAGACGAGCAGUUCCCACUCUUCGCCAGUGCCAUCACAGGAAGAGACUACACCGUGUUGACCAAGAACGUUGCCUCUACUCGCACCGCAGAUGAAAAGGAGCAUAUCUCCGGCGCCCUCGGCGAAGGCAUGCUCCAACAACUUGUCGAACUUCUCGGCCGAGUCCCGAGAAUCAUUCUCCUCAUCCUCAAGACCAACGAUCUGACCCGCAGUCUCGACGAAAACCUCCACACCCGCCAAGGCCCCGUCCGCACCUUCCUCAUCCUCGCCCGCUACGCCACCCGCACCGUCUUCGAAGAGCAAAUCGAAACCAUCAACGAAUCCGGCGGCCUGCUGCGUCCCCUCAACUUCCUCCGCUUCCUCUGCGCCUGGACUGGCUUCCUGCGCGUCGAGUUGAAGCUGUCCAUCUAUGAGACUUUGCUAUCUCUGAAGAGUCGGUUUGGGUCGUUGAAGUAG